CCUUCCAGACGUUUCGAUCCCUCUCUCCUCCCCCCCCGCCCUCCUCCUCGGCGCCCGCCUCGCGAAUCCGCCGGAAACCCCCCCGCCGCUCCCGGUUCUAGCGCAGCGCGGAGAUGGUAGCCGCGCGCUUCCUCGCGCGGGCCACGAGGCAAUGCGCCGCCGCGGUGGUGGCCGCCUCUGCUAGGCGGCCGCUCGGCGGCGUGGCGGUGGCCGCCGCUCGCCCGUUCGUCUCUUCCUUCGGCCCCGCCAGGGUACCAUAUAUGUUGAAUCAGCCCUUGAGAUACUCAAGCAACAUCUUUCAAAGGUUUGGCUUUUCAUCUUCUACUCCUCAACAAAAUGAUAAGGAGGUACACGAAGCCAAAGACCAGGAAAGUACUGCACAUGAAUCAAAUGGUGAAGCUUCAAAGGAAGACAGUGGUUCGUCUGGAAGUACAGAAGACCUUGAUCUGUCAAAGGAGGAUCUAGUGAAGCUAGUUUUUGAGAAGGAUGAAUUAUUGACCUUGAAAGAUGAAGAGGUCAAAGAUAUGAAGGACAAGGUUUUGCGCAGCUAUGCAGAAAUGGAAAAUGUCAUUGCCCGGACAAAGCGUGAAUCUGAGAACUCAAAAAAAUAUGCAGUACAGAACUUCUCCAAGAGCUUGUUAGAUGUUGCUGACAAUUUGGCUAGAGCUUCAUCUGUUGUAAAGGAAAGCUUCUCAAAAUUAGAUACAUCUGAAGAUUCUAGUGGAGCUGUACCGUUACUAAAAACCCUACUGGAGGGUGUAGACAUGACUGAUAAGCAACUUGGAGAGGUUUUUAAGAAGUUUGGAGUCGAAAAGUUUGAUCCAAUGAAUGAGAAAUUUGAUCCUGAUAAGCAUUUUGCACUUUUCCAAAUUCCUGAUCCUUCAAAACCAUCCGGAACUGUUGCUUCUGUUGUGAAGGUGGGGUACAUGUUACAUGAUCGCGUGCUCCGUCCUGCGGAAGUUGGUGUUACGGAGGGUGGUCCGUCCGAAGAGCCCGAGGACAAAUCAAGUGGAGAUUAGAUUAAAUCGGAAUCUAGUGGAGUAAAAUAUACCAGAAGCAAGAAGGCGUAGCUGUUCCUGCUUGACAACCGGUACACUCAUCAGCGAAGGAGCUUGGCGAUUGCAGUGUUUCGGAUUGUUUUUCAAUGGUAAAACACAAGAUUGGCUUGUUGAAAUCCCAUUUGUAUGGGUGCACGUCACACAAUUCCUUAGCAGUACAACGUUUCUGAGAAUUUUGCGAGGGUUUGGAAACCUUAAUAAGAGCCUUUUCUUUUCACAUGA